CUGCUUUUGUGUGGUAUGCAACUCUAUAUAUGCAUACAUGCGUAUAUAUCCAGGAUCGGGCUGCCUCUACUCCCUACGCACUCCAGCUAGCUGCUGCUCCUCCACCAGCGCAAAGGUCAUUCUACAUAUCCUUACUGUAGUGCUGCUGCUCACUUAGUAGAUAGUGUCAUGGCCAAACACCACGAGAAAGGCUCACCAAAGCAAGAUCCAAAGGAGCCCGCCCCACACAACGCCGGAGCCGGCCGGCCAUGGCUACCAGCGCCCAUCCAGUUUGAGCAGUGCAGCCAUUGCGACGAGCACCAUCAGGCCGAGGGAUUGAUGGGUGCUGGCCCGUUGGUCCUGACUCUCGGCUCGGUCGCCGGCACCGACCGCCGCCUGCACCUCUGCUCGUGCGGUGUCGCGCCGGCGACGAUGUCCGUCCUGCGCGGCUCCCGGUACCUUAGGCCGGCGCAGGAGCUGCUAAGCGAGGUGGUGCACAUGGCCGACUUCGCGGCUGGCACGACCGACGACGAGGCUGAGAAGCACGAGCAGCUCGAGGCCGGCACUCUCCGGGCGAUGCAUCGAGCGGCCAAGAAUGACGCUGACGGCGUCCAGGCCAAGCUCCUCGGCCUUCUCGGCGAGCUUGAGAGCCGGCAGGAGCGCUACUUCGGCGAGCUGGGCCGCGUGGCGUCGUCGUUCGAGCCGGCGCUGGGAGAGGGCACGGCGGCCGCGUACACGUCCCUCAUGGCGCAGGCCAUGGCGCGCCACUUCGGCAACCUGCGCCGCGCCAUACUGCGCAGGCUCAAGCUCCACGCCGCCGCCGCCGCGGCGAGGAAGAGGUCGGCGCGGGUGCGCGAGGGCGGCGAGGAGGAGGAGGACAACGACGACGAGGCAGUGACCGAUGAGAUGGUGGACAGGGUGGCCCGGCGGACGAAGCUGGCCGCGGCGGCGCGGGCCGAGCAGGCGUGGCGGCCUCUCCGGGGCCUGCCGGCGGGCUCGGUGGCCGUGCUCCGGGCAUGGCUCUUCGACCAUUUCCUCCACCCGUACCCGGAUGAGAGCGAGAAGCUGGGGCUGGCGGUGAGCACCGGUCUGAGCAGAAGCCAGAUAUCGAACUGGUUCAUCAACGCACGCGUGAGGCUGUGGAAGCCGAUGAUCGAGGAGAUGUACAACGACGAGUUCUCCGAGGAUUCCGCUCCCCAUUCUAGGGAGGACACCAGCGGCGCCUCUUCUUCUUAGCUGAUCACUGGAGAUUGAUCGCUUGGUUACUUGGUUGGGUGCUUUUGUUAUUACUCACAUGUUCUUUUUAGCAAAGCUCAGGACUGAUAGAUUAAUUACUCGCUGUUAAGGGGGAAAACUAGGCGAUCGUGUGCUGUAUCACUUCUGAUGCUACUCAUGUUCUUGUUAAUUAGAGAGGCUACCUUUGUCAGAGAGUGAGUACGUACCUUGUGCAAGGAACUGAGGCUUCCCCAGCUCUACUCUUUCUUGGAACAAGCAGGCUUUGCAGCUCCCGAUCUACCUAUUCUCUGAUGACAUGUAUAAUCAAGAAUUUGCUCUUGGGAUCUUACCACUUCGGCAUCUUACCUUCCAAUUUUGAGUAGCCUGAGCAGUGAGCACUAUUCGUCGCCUGGAGUUCGUUUCUUCUGGUCAAUGCUCAAUGGGUUCACACUUUUCAGAUUUUCCAUCAGCAGCACUCACUAUAUUUACUAUAUUGAGCCUGGAACACCUGACCAAUCUACCAUCUACCUUAUUUCUGUAUACUAAACUCGGCCCCUCGUGCGGCCACGUCGCUAUGUGAUUACAGCCGCACGAUCCGACGUGUGGCUCAAUCCAUCGGUUCUUCGGCCUGCAGUCUCUUUGAUGCUUCCAGGCGCCUCC